CGCAUCGAACACUCCAGAACGUCAAUAUUUCCCUUCCAACGUUUUGUCCGCAAGUUCAAUUUCACCCAACCGUUAUUGGUAUUACAGGCGUCAAAAAUGCUCAGUAAGCUUGGUUUUUUACUUCGUUCCUUUAACAAUAGAGUCCGGCUAAGAAAUUGCUCCGUCAACGGGAUUUUGUGGGGCAUGAGAAAGAGCAAGAGAUAUACGGUCACUUAAAAGAACCGUGGGAAUAUCUGCGCACGAGGCCAAGUCAUCAACCACGAUGGCGCCCAAGGAGCCAACGCGCGCACAGCUCUCUUCACGGCUAUCCUACAGCCAGCAUACACCAGCAUUUCUGCAGAAGCUCCAGAAUCGAAUAGCCGGAAUACCGGACUCUGACCACGAGGAUGACGACGAGUGGGAGUAUGAUGGUUCAGGGCGUCCCCCGAUACCACGACGACCGGCAAUUCCAGAGCGCCCUGAAAGCCAGCCUGGAAGUGAAGACGAAGAUGAUAGAGAUGAGAAGCCUCAAGUCGUAGUCUUGAAGGAAGGGAAACAUUUGACGGAGAGGGAGGCUGAAAAUGUUAAGCGGCAAGAGAAGGGGUUGCCUCCACUGCCUCAUGAUUCUACGAGCGACACCGAGGCUCCUGUUGUCGAGACUACGCUCAAACAGAGUGCUACUGCCAAAGGCAAAAAGCCAGAACCGAGCCUGUCUUUCUCUUCAUCGAAGACCACUGCAAUAAAGUCUUCCACGUUGAAAAGGAAGCAUAUUGGAGCUCUAGAGGAUGCCGGUGUCUCUUCAUCAAAAGCAUCAUCGAAGAAGAAAGCAAAGAAGGCCAAGAACAAAACCUUGCUAUCGUUUGGUGACGAUGCUUAGCUCACUAAGCCCCUACUUCCCUGCAUCAUCUCGUCCGUUCUCUGCUAGUGGGAAAUUACUGAUAAGGAUAGGUAGCACGAGAACGACAUCACUCUAGCACAUGUCAGCACCAGAUAACUCUCGUGUCUCCUCUGCAUGACGAACA